AUGUUCUGUAUUUUAACCUUUGGCUUCCUGUAUAUUCCAAUUUGUGUGUGUGCUUUUACUGACAAUGAAUGCUAUGUAAUAAACAGCGAAUUUUUUUACCAUGAAGGAGAUGUGACAAUUGGUGCAUUUUUCCCUCUUCAUAUUUAUUACACAGGAAACAAAGUUCCUGAUAAAUAUAUGCCAUACAGUUUUCAAGACUAUCAUGUACAGUAUAAGUUUAAGAACUACCAGUUUGUUCUGGCCCUGUUGUUUGCUAUUGAAGAGAUCGACAGGAACCCUGAUCUUCUACCCAAUACAACUAUUGGAUAUGGUAUCUAUAAUAUUCCAUAUACUGAAAAGAAUAUUCUCUAUCGUGCCUUUAUUUGGCACACAGGGAAAAUUAAUUUCUUUCCUAAUUUUGACUGUGGACACAAGAGAAAGUCAGCUGCUAUACUCACAGGUCCAUCAUGGUCUACAUCUGCCCACAUUGGAACAUUUCUACAACUCUACAAAAUACCUCAGGUCACUUUUGGCCCUUUUGAUUCUAUCUUGAAUGACCAAGGUCAGUUUAAUUCUCUUUACCAAAUGGCCCCCAAGGACACAUCUCUGUCACUUGCCAUAGUCUUGUUGUUGCUUCAUUUCAACUGGUCCUGGGUUGGUCUGAUUCUCCCAGAUGACCACAGAGGGACUCAGAUACUAUUAGACUUGAAAGAAAAUAUGGAGAGUCAUGGCAUCUGCAUAGCCUUUUUGAAAAUGAUCUCUGGCACAUGGAAUGCAUAUUCCAAUGCACUAUGGAAAAAUAUGGAGACGAUUGAGGAAUCAUCAGCAAAUGUAAUAGUUAUUUAUGGAGACAUUAUAUCUGUACAAGGUUUAAUGCGACAUAUUGCACAACUAUUAGUGACAUGGAAAGUCUGGGUCUUGAACUCUUCAUGGGAUGUUGAUACCCACUCUGAUUAUUUUAUGGUAGAGACAUUUCAUGGGAGUCUAGUUUUUUCACACCACCAUGAAGAGAUGGUUGAGUUUAUGAAUUUUGUCCAAACAGUUAAUCCCUACAAAUACCCAGAGGACACCUAUCUUCCUAAGUUUUGGCAUUUGUUUUUCAAGUGCUCAUUUUCUAAAUUUGAUUGUCAACUUUUGGAGAACUGCCAACCCAAUGCUUCUUUGGAUUUACUUCCAAGACACCAAUUUGAGCCAGUCAUGGGUGAAGAAGGCUACCAUAUAUAUAAUGCUGUGUAUGCAGUGGCCUAUAGUCUCCAUGAGAUGAAUCUUCAAAAAAUACAGACCCAACCAUAUGCCAAUGGAGAAGAAAAGGAAUUCUCCCCUUGGCAACUUCACCCUUUCCUACAGAACACAAUAAUGAGCAAUCAUGUGAGACGACAGAUAGCAACGCAUGGGGGAGGAAACUUAGAUUCACAGUAUGACAUUCUUAAUUUUUGGAAUUUUCCAAGUGGUCUUGGAUUAAAGGUGAAAGUAGGAACCUAUUCUCUAAAUGCUCAGCAGGGGCCACAAUUCUCUUUAUGUGAACAGAUGAUACAGUGGCCUACAGGGUUUACAAAG